AUGGGUGGUGAACAAGACAACGUAAAAGACUCUCUGCCUGCAAAGGUCGAAGACGACGCAGACAACGAGACGACAAUAGAGACCAAAGAAGCUAAUGUGACAAAACAAUUUCAAAAACUUGAAGUUAAACAAUCUUCCGCCAAACCAAAUGAAGAACCUACUUCGUCACCAUUAGAGCAAAUUAACAAUAGCUCUCCGACUGUUUCUCAGUCUUCAGAGCAAGUAGCCGACAAAACAUCAGCUUUUAUACCACCCAGUCUAAAAUCCAUGCGUGGGGCGAGCGUGUUUGGUAGUGGAGUGAAAUUCUCUCCAGCAGUAACAAAUUUGACAAGAUCGCUUACCGCAACCGACCUGGAUUCUGUCUCAUCGACGCCAUCAAAAACAAAUAUAUUUGAUGUAAGCUCAAAAUCUAAUGUAGCUGGCAAGUCGUGGCUUUCAAACGAUUCUUCCCGGCCAUCAUCACCAUCAUCUCAAUUGUCGACAUCGCCCACAAUAUCGCCGACUACUGCAAAAAAACGCACUGCCAGCGAAUUCAACGAAGGCGAAGAGAGCUCUGAUGACCAGGACGGCGGAGAACAGGACGAAGGUUCUAGUCUACGACAAUCGCAAGAAAUAGAACCACCAACAAAGUUGUUCCGUACUGACACUGCAUUGACUGAACCAUCUGCUACGCUGCUAACUGGCGAAGAGAACGAAAAGACGAUCGUAAAGACACCGGCAAAGUUAUUUUGGCUUGAUAAUUCGGAUUGGAAAGAGCGUGGUAAAGGGCCGUUCAAGUUGAACAGGAAAUUAGACAAUCCAUCUUCUAUCCGAUUGUUGAUGUGGACGGAAGGUACAUUACGCAAUAUUCUUAACGUUCCGUUAUUCCCGGAUAUGAGCAUAUCGAUUGAGAGUAAGUUUGUUAGAAUUGGGGCUAUUGAAGAAGGGAAACCGGUUCAAUUGGCUAUCAAAUUUGAGAGUGUAGCUACGGCCACAGAAAUAAAAGAAAAAAUAAUGGAAUGCAUUGAGGGACUGAAGACUGGUUAA